AUGGCGUCACGUCCAAAGAGACUUAAAGUAAAUGACGAUAUGGUACGUCAAUUAUUAGACACUGAUGAUAGUGGAAGUUCAUUUAGUGAUUUCGAUGACACAGAUGAAGACCAAACCUACAACCCAAUUAUAACUUCUGAUUCAGAUGAACAAAGUGAAACCAGCGAUACCGAACAUUCACAAGAAACAAUAUUACCGGUUUCAAAUCCUGGUGUUCAAAUUUGGUCCAAUGUAACAGGUAAUAAUCAAAAACAGCUCGUUUUUAAUGGUUUUCCGGGAUUAAAAAUUAAUAUAUCAGCUAAUGCCACUGUUUGGGACUGUUUUAAUUUAUUUUUCACUGAUGACAUUAUUGAACUUAUUGUUAUUGAAACGAACAGAAACGCAGAACAGUUUUUAUCAAAUAAUAGAAUUUCCAAGUCUAGCAGGUUUACAAAAUGGGUUCCUACAGAUUCAAAAGAGAUUAAAUUGUUUUCGGGUUUAUUAAUAUGGAUGGGACUCGUUGAAAUGCCAAAUUUAGGUAGUUACUGGAGCACCAAACAUAGAUAUAAAAACUAUGUGGCACAAAAAACAAUGUCUAGAAAUCGCUUCGAAUUACUUCUAAGAUUUUGGCACUUUUCAGACAAUAAAAAAGCCCCUGAAGGUGAUCGUAUUUAUAAAAUAUGUAAUAUAAUUGAUAAAAUUGUAAACCGUUUUCAAAAUGUAAUGGAACCAUGCGAGGUAUUGGCCGUCGAUGAGACAAUGGUACCUUUUCGUGGCAGAUUAUUAUUUAGACAAUAUAUACCGGGAAAAGCUCAUAAGUACGGUGUAAAAUUGUUUAAACUUUGCGGAACUAAUGGUUAUACUUAUAACGUUCAAGUUUAUGGAGGAAAGAGUCAAGUGGAUGGAAAGGGAUUGGGUUGUAGAGUUGUUCUAGAUCUAAGUAGAAGAUAUUUAAACAUGGGACGUACAAUGGUCACGGAUAAUUUUUACACUUCAAUUACACUUGCAAACGAACUUUUAACUAAUGAUACACACCUAGUUGGAACUCUGCGAUCAAAUAGAGUAAAAUUACCUGAAUUAACAAAAAAAAAGUUAAGUCCCGGGGAAAUAAUCGGAAAGGAAAAUUCAGACGGUAUUAUUGUUGCGAAAUGGCGUGAUAAAAGGGAUGUAACUAUGUUGUCGACAAAACAUAAUAUUGAUAUGAUUGACACAGGAAAAAAGAACAAAAAAAAAGAAUCGAUAGUUAAGCCUAAGAUAAUUGUCGACUACAACUCCGGAAAAGCGGGAAUUGAUCUAUCGGAUCAACUGUCUAGCUAUAGUACGGCUGUUCGUAAGUCUAUACGUUGGUACCAUAAGGUGGCGACAGAAAUACUGUUUGGAACUGCUAUGGUAAAUGCUUUAAUAGUUUACAAUACAAUUAAUUCAGAUAAAAAAAUGAAGAUAACACAAUUUCGAGAAACAUUAGUUGAUACAAUACUCGGAUUAGACAAUCAAGGACCACAAGAAGUUCAACAAGCAAGAGUUAACAGCAAACACAUAUUCCAAGAAACAACAGAAAAAUGUGGUAGAAACAGAAAAAUCAGAAAGAGAUGUUUCCACUGCUAUCAAAGUAGAACAGUAAUAGUUGGAUCGAAACAGGCAUCGAAGGAAGUAAAAAAGAUCACUACAUUCUGUGCACCAUGUAAAUCUUAUACAUGUAUAAGUUGUUUCAAUCUGCAUCACACAAACUAA